CAUGUUUCACAUACGUCAAAAAGUAGAAAUAAUGUUUUUCAAAAGAAUCUGGUAAACAACUUUAAGGUUCAUGUAUCACUAAAAGAAAAAAAUUAACAGUUCAGAGAGUUUAACUUCAUAUUUUCAUUGGUCAUGAAAAUUUGAAACACUUUAUCCCAUAUCAGACAAUGACCCUUUCCCCCCUGUUAAGGUGUUAUAUUUUGUCCAACUUAAAGAAAAUGUUGUGAAAGCUGACAAAAAUCAGUGAAAAUGCUUCAGGAAAAUUUCACCAAUUUUCAAUACACACCCUUUGGAAAAUCAUUUCCAAUUGCUUGGAAACUCUUCACAUCUGACAGUUGCUAAAACGGUGACAUUAGACACAAUUUGCUUAAGAUUUUCAUUAGGGAGGGAUAGGGCUGGCAGUUGAGGAACCCAUACUUCCCUUACUCAAGGUUAUUAUACUUAUGUAUUCUCUUGGUAGUGUCAUCUGAUCAUCAAGGUGAGAGUUGUCCUGAAAAGGAUGUUUUUGGAAGCAGUGACUGAUAUUUCAAAAGCCUGACUCUGAUGGCAACUUCAGCUCAAGGCUAACUGUUACUAGUGGAGUCACACCACUUUCUGCAUUAUCUAAUCUUUAGACACAUUUUUUAUCUUUCUUCUAUCUGAACAUGUUGUUGAUUUUCAUUUAAAGUUAUCAUUUUUACAGGUUAAGUGACUAAACUGCUGUAAGUGAUAAAAUGGUAAGGUAUUGGCCUGUUAUAGAACUUCUUACAUUUCUAAACUUUUUUGGAACAACUCUGUUGGAGAUUAUUGCUCAAAAGCAUAUCUACAACAGUACAGUGAAAGAUCAUGCAGACUUUGAGCAACUCAAUUGUUGUGAAACAUCAGAUGAUGCUUCUUACGGUAGUGUGAAAGACCCUGGUCUCAUUUCAGCUGCUACUGAACAUUGGUUACUUUACAAAAAUUUGGCAUCCCUUUUGGUUGCAAUACCAUCAACAAUACUUCUGGGAAUCUGGAGUGAGGCUGAAGGACGCAAAAAUGUAUUGGUUGCUACCUUGAUCGGCAUUGCCUUGCGUGCAGCCUUGUUUACCAUUAUUAUAAAAUUUAAAGCACCACUGUACUUUUUUGCGAUUGCCAGUCUAAUAACGAGUGCUGUGGGAUACAACACCAGCUUCAUGGCUUCAUGCAUGGCGUACAUGGCUGACAUUACAAGUAGUGGACAAAGAACUUUAAAAAUUGUAUUCAUAGACUGUGUUGCAGGUAUUGGAAUUGGCUUGGCUUCUUUUAUCAGUGGGUUCUAUUUGGAAAGUGAAUUUUUCAAUAAUUUCCUCUGGCUUAUCAUGGCUAUCAUGAUUUUUAACAUUUUCUGUGUAGUCUUCUCACUGGAAACAAAUGUUUUCAUCCAUGAACUUAUUCCAAUCUGCAAAUGCAGUUACUUUGUGGGCAUGUGGAAAAUUUUCAGUCAUGAUCCAGGAAAUGGUCGAAGAUGGCGCCUAGUGACAUAUAGCACUGCAUUAUUUAUUGGAGGAAUGGUAUUUUAUGGGACAAAUUAUCUGAUCCUUUUCCAUGCUCAAACAUCUCUUUGUUUUAGCCUGAUACUGAUGGCAUUCUUAUCUGCUUCUCUGGCUCUGCGAUAUAUUGUAAGCCUGGCCUUUGUCAAGUUGUUUCAGACCAUCCUAAAAAUGGCCAAUAGCCUAAUAAUUGAAUCUGGUUUACUGUCCAUUUUCGCUGGUCUUAUCGUGGCAGCAUUUAGCAAAACAAUGCGUGUUUUGUUUAUUGUUCCAGCAUUUCAGUUUUUAGGUGGCAUGCCAUUAUCAGUGAUGAAAGCCAGUUUGUCCAGGCUGGUAGAGCCUCAGGAACAGGGAACAUUGUUUGCAGUUGUCUCAUGUUUGGAGGCUUCAGCAGCCUUUCUUGGAGUCAAUCUAUUCAAUCAAGUCUAUGAUGGUACACACGACAUAUUUGGUGGCCUGCCCUUUUUGAUAGGGGCCAUGUUACUGAUUGUUCCAGGCUGUCUUGUUGGAUUUUUGCACAAAAAUGAAGACGCUACUUCAAGAUAUUUGUUUUUUCCAGAGGAAUCAGAGUGUGACUUUGGUCAACAGUGCACAAUCAGUGUCCGGUCGAAAUCUGCUCCAAAAAUUGUCAGUGUUCCUGUGGUGCCUCAUGAGGACUUUAUUGUUGUGCAUCAUCAGAAUGAAUGUGAGACCAGCAAUCAGGCAACUAAUGGUUGCCUAAUGCCUGUGUAAACUGUUGCAAAUGUUAAACUCUUUAUAUAUAUAGGACUUCAAAUAAACGGCUACUUUCAAGAACACAACAGAUUUAAUUGCUCAUAACAACAACUACAGUACUACAAAGUUGCCAUCUUAGCCAUAUUUUCUCUCUCUCUCUCUCUCUCUCUCUCUCUCUCUCUCUCUCUCUCUCUCUCUCUCUCUCUCUCUCUGUUACAUGUGCACUUUACAGUUGUUACCAGUCCUUACUCAUACAAAACUUAUUUCUUUUUUUUUGAGUGACAUUAUUUGUUGUUUACCCAAUAACUAGAGCCUUUAACAAUUGGUUUUGGAAAGUUGUCUUAAGUUUGCAGAUGGUGAAGAGGUCAUCUACCUUAUAAACUGUCACAAUAAACUUGAUUAUAGUUAUCUAGUGUUCUCCAGAAGCACCAACAGGUGGUAUUUUUACUCGCUACUUUUUUUCUGAAGAGCUGGCUUUCUCAGUUAGACAAAACAGUAAAGUACCUGUCUUGACUUUAAAUAAAUUUUAACCCUUGCUUAUUUUGGUAUAUAAUAAAAAGAUUGAUUGAAAGUGGAAAGAUCUGAACAAGUAAAGGCAAAGGAGAACAUGCUAGAGGAAUAGGUACUUGUGUUCUUUGGGGAUUCACUUCUUUCCUGCUGGUAAUUUUUUAUUGCUAGUUACUAUAAAAAAUUUGUGGAGAACACUGGCUACCAUUAUAGUUAUCAUUAUUGUAAUUGUAGUUGUUAUCAACUCUGUUAUUAUAAUAAUUAUAAUUAUCAUUACUAGUUUUCUUAUACUAGUCAUAUUAUUAAAUCACUUGUAAUAUUUUAUAAAUACAGUCAAAUCUCGAUUAUCCAGAUUUUUUUUAUUAUCCAGUCUUGAUUCUCAGGUCCCGUAAUCUAGGAUCAUUUACAUUCAUAUUUUCAAUUAUCCAGACUCUUGAUUAUAGGGACUAUCAAGCCCAGUCCCCACAAAUCCACGUAAUUGAGGUUUGACCAUACAGUAUUUCAAACUUUUGAUAUGAUAUAUUCUUUCUUUGGAGUGCAUGUUGUGAGUAAUUAUUACAUAGAAAACAAAGUCAUUUUGUAUUCCGCAUGGUGAGAGAAUCAAUAUUUAUUAAGUGCUUAAAUCUAACAUUUACCAGAAUCCAAAUCAGGAAUGAACUGAAUCGGACUUCUUGAAUUAAUGGUUUGAGCAAAAAAUGCUAAUCAGGAGAAAAUAUAGUUUUAUGCUACGUACAUCACAACUAAAAACUGUGUGUUUUGUGUUACACUGAAAUGCUGUUUGAGCCUGGAAUGUUUUACAAGUUCUAAUCUCUUGAUGACUUUCCAGCGUGAAACGUUUUUAAGACCCUUUACAUCCUAACUUUAAUCAGUAUGCAUAUUCUCCAUACUGUUCUCUAUACAUUUCUAACCCUUUGACUCACAGAAGUGAUAAACAAGCAACUUUUCCCUACAAUAUCCAUACAAUAUCCAGCAAACAGGUAUUGAGAAUAUACUGACUUAUCACCUAGACUAAAGGCUGAUAG